UGCCCGCUGUUGGCUCCUGACAAACGGCUCAUUCUCAUCACUGAUCAUGUGCCUCUGUGCGCUCUGGUUGUCUCUGCAGCAGGAAGUGAGCCUUGUUUUCUUCCCCCUGCUCGCGUUUUCUCCCUCCUCCUGACAGCCGACAUUCACAGCCUGCUUCCUCCCUCUCUGUGCCGCGGACAGAGAGAGAGAGAGAGAGAGCGAGAGACAGACCGGGGCGGCGAACACCGGUCCUUCCUCCCCCCCUCCCCGGCCAGCAGUUCAUGGAGGCCCCGGCGGAGGAGAAGGAGCCGUCGCCGAUGGAUAAGUCCUUUCCCCUGCCUACCUUGAGCCCGGCCGUGCCCCCUUAUGUCACUUUGGGCCUGACUGUGGUCUACACCGUCUUCUACUCCCUCCUCUUCAUCUUCAUCUACGUGCAGCUCUGGCUGGUCCUGCGGUACCGACACAAGCGCUUCAGCUACCAGACCGUGUUCCUGUCCCUGUGCCUGCUGUGGUCGGCCCUGCGCACCGUGCUCUUCUCCUUCUACUUCAAGAACUUUGUCACAGCCAACAAUCUGGGGCCCUUUCCCUUCUGGCUGCUCUACUGCUUCCCUGUCUGCCUCCAGUUCUUCACACUCAGCCUCAUGAACCUUUACUUUGCACAGGUUGUUUUCAAGGCAAAGUCGAAAUAUGCACCGGAGCUUUUGAGAUACAGGCUGCCGCUCUACCUGCUCUUCCUGUUCAUCAGCCUGGUGUUUUUAGUGGUGAAUUUAGUGUGUGCCCUGCUGGUGAGGAUGUCCUCUGAAGAAGCCCACACCAUUGUGCUAGUGAGAGUCGCAAUCAACGACACACUCUUUGUCCUGUGUGCCAUCUCGCUCUCCCUGUGUCUUUACAAGAUCGCCAAGAUGUCUCUGGCCAACAUUUACCUGGAAUCCAAGGGGACGUCAGUGUGCCAGGUGACCGUCAUAGGAGCCAUCGUCAUCCUCCUGUACGCAUCCAGGGCCUGCUACAAUCUGGUCGUACUGGGACUCUCUAACAAGAGUAUCAACUCCUUUGACUACGACUGGUACAACGUUUCAGACCAGGCGGAUUUACAGUCGACUCUGGGCGACGCCGGCUACAUCGUCUUUGGAGUGGUCUUGUUUGUAUGGGAGCUGCUCCCCACUUCCCUCGUCGUUUUCUUCUUCAGAGUUCGGCAGCCCAACCAAGACAGGAGCGUCUCUGGGCUUCCUGGUCACGUCUUCUCCUCCAGGUCUUAUUUCUUCGACAACCCGCGGCGUUACGACAGUGACGACGACCUGGCGUGGAGCGUCAUGCCUCAGAACAUCCAAGCCAGUCUGGCUGCUGACAGCUACGAGUGGGGGAGCCAAAGCAGCGGCAUCGGUGCCUACAUCGGAGGGGACGACAGUUACCACCUCCCACCUCCUCCAGAGGAGCUCAGCCAUUACUGACUGGAGCUCCCAGUGACUCCCGCUGACCUGUGGCAUUGUUUUUGUAUUUGUAUAUUUUUUGCACAGUCUCUCGUAGUGACAGAGGCACAUGAGGCCGAGAAGUCGCCCUCUACUCGAUACAUUCAGUUUUCUACUUUGUCUAGAGGAGAAGAACUAACAGACCUUUCUCUCUGCCAGUAUAUGAAGGUCCACUAAUGGGACAUUAAUUUUGCACACUCCUUGUAUAAAGUAUGAUCUAAUUUUAACUGCUCUUAAACUUUUUCAUUGUAUAGUUUAUAUUGAAUACUGCGUAAUAUAUUUCCUGACUCUUGUAAUAUGUACUGUAUUACUAUUUUAUGUACUGUCUUUUGUUCUUUUUCAUACAGAUGUUGUAUAUAGAAGAGAUAUUCAUUUAAUUCAUAUUAAAAAGGUUAAAAUGCUGUGA